AUGAAUAAUUUAUCUUUUGAUGAUAUACUCUCUACGCGAAUAAAAUUUGGUAAGGUUUAGAUGCAAACAUUUCUAAUCAUCAGUCUAAUUGAUUUGCUUGAUGGAUCAGAGUUCAUGUUUCUGCAAUUAUUGAAUGCAAUAAUUUAUAAGGAAUGGUCUCUAAAUUUGGGCUAAUUGAUCGUCUUAGCAACAGUAUUCAAUUUGGGUCAGUUUAUUGGGGCUUGGAUUUGUGGUUAAUUCUCAGACUAUACGGGACGUAAGACAAUGUUAAUUUGGUCAUGCUUACUCUAAGUAUUAAAGAAUUCAAUGCUUCUUACAGCAUUUGUGUAGGAUUUACCACAAUUACUAAUAUUAAGGUUUUUCUUUGGAUUGCUCUUUGGCAUAGCAUUGCCAAUAUCUUCAAUACUGAUGGCAGAAGUGACUCCUCUUCACGUAAGAGGAUAAUUUAUCGUCACUUUACAAAUGAUGUAUGUAGUGGGCAGAAUGUGGAUGUUAUUGCUAGCCUUCAUCUACUUGGAUUCAAUAGCAACGGGGAAUUGGAGAGCCAUAGCGGUUACCAAUAGUAUACCAUGUUUUAUAUGUCUGAUUGGCAGUAUUAUAUAUUUGCAUGAAUCGCCCCGUUUUCUUAUUACUCAAGGGCGUAUCAAGGAAGGAGUCGAAGGGAUUAACUUCAUGGGGCGAUUGAACGACAAAGAUUACGUUGACUUAUCAGAUGAUGAAGUCUAAGCACUUUUAGAAUGGAAAAAGGAGACAUUCGAAUAAUAAUAUGAAGAGAAGAGUUUUAAAGACUUGUUUAAUGAAGAAAAUUUACCGAUCACUUGGAGAGCAUAUUCAUUAAGUAUCAUUUCAAUGUUGAUAUAUUCUGGACUCUAUAUCAUCAUACCAUUCCUAUUUGACGAGGAGGAAAAAACGUUGUUGGACCUACUAUACACUGUUUUGAUAGAAUUGCCAGCAGUCUUAGUUGUGGUCUGUUUAAUCGAUAAGAUCGGAAGAUUGCCAAUCAUACUGAUAGGAACAGCAACAUCUAUGAUAUCGGUUUUUAUAAUUUGGUAUUGGAGAGCCAAAUAUCUAUUGUUAGGUUUGGUUGCCUUCAAAUUUUUUAAUCGAAUGACUUUUCUUUCAUUCACUCCUCUUGUAUUAGAAUCCUAUUCCACUAUCUAUAGAUCUUUGGGAAUAGGUACAACAAUUGCUUUUGGUAGGGCAGCUGGUUUUUUAUCUCCAGCUAUAAUACUACCAUUAUAUUAGAAAGAUAAUUAUAGUCCUUUUUUAGUUUCAAUUUUUAUCAUGUUUGUAAUGAUAAUCAUAUUUGCAACGUAUCCUAAGGAUUUAACGAGAAAACCACUCGAUAUUAAAUAUGAAAAGGUGGAUUGA